GGAUUCUCACUACCCUUUUUUCUUCUUCGUUUUUCUCGUGCAUAUAAAUUCGCAUCUUUUCGUCUGCCCCCUCUGGAGCACGUCUCUGAGCCUAAUUAGUUUUCUGUCUACUCUCCUCUUUGCACCUUUUCUCAUACAGAGCCAUGUCGGACGAGGAGCACCACUUUGAGUCGAAGGCCGACGCGGGAGCUUCCAAGACUUUUCCGCAGCAGGCUGGAACCAUCCGUAAGAAUGGUUACAUAGUCAUCAAGGGCAGGCCUUGCAAGGUUGUUGAGGUUUCAACCUCAAAGACGGGAAAGCAUGGACAUGCUAAAUGCCACUUUGUUGCCAUUGACAUUUUCACUGCUAAAAAGCUUGAAGAUAUCGUCCCCUCUUCACACAACUGUGAUGUUCCCCAUGUCAACCGUACUGACUACCAGCUCAUUGAUAUCUCUGAGGAUGGAUUUAUUAGCCUGCUGACGGACAGUGGUAACACCAAGGAUGACCUGAGGCUUCCAUCGGAUGAGAGUCUGCUGUCCCAGAUCAAGGAUGGCUUUGCGGAGGGGAAGGAUCUGAUUGUGACUGUCAUGUCUUCAAUGGGAGAGGAGCAAAUCUGCGCUCUCAAGGACAUUGGCCCAAAAUAGAUUCUUUUGAUGAAUAGAAAGCAGCAAAAUUUUUGGCCUCCUUGUUGCUGUUUGAAUCAAGAGUUGUUUCUUGGCUAGUCUUCUUUAUGUAAACUUCAUAGCUGCUAUGGUUGUUUAAGAGUUGUAGGAUGAUAGGUUCAUGGUUUCUGAUGAAGUAUAAUAUUUAUUUGCCAUUAGGGGUUUCUACUUUGUUCUAUUGUCACAUUACAGAUAUUCUUUGUUGGUCUUUUGAAGCUUGAUUUUAUGUUUUCUUUUGGGGACUUCAAUUA